CGUUCUGUGACGUUCAUCGGUACACGUCAACUCGGAGGACGGCUGCUGUGAUUGGCUGUCGUGUGUCACGUGUUUUAUUCUGAAGAUGGCGUCUCCAAAUGGAGGUGACGAUUUUGAGAGCUCUUUGCUGAGUUUUGAGAAGUUGGACAGAGCGUCACCAGACCUGUGGCCGGAGCAGUUGCCCGGAGUUGCAGAAUUUGCUGCAUCUUGUAAAAAUCCCAUCAAUAAUUCGCCCCCCAAAUGGAUGGCCGAGCUGGAGAGUGAGGACAUUGAAAUGUUAAAAGAGCUGGGAAGUCUGACCACAGCCAACCUGAUGGAGAAGGUCAAAGGACUUCAGAACCUCGCCUACCAGCUGGGCUUAGAGGAGUCCAGGGAAAUGACCAGGGGGAAGUUCCUGAACAUCUUGGAGAGGCCCAAGAAGUGACAUGUUUUCUUCGCAAGUAACAAGAAAUUUGGGGACUGCAAGGUGAAUCUGAUCUAUGCGUUUACCAAUAUGCUCUGAACAUGUUCAGACCUUCACAACAAAGUUCAAAGACUUUUCACUCAAACCAUUAAUUGGAGCAAAAAUGCUCUCUCACACAGCCGAGGUCUCCUCUCAGUGCACCUGUUGUCUUCUUAGAUAGAUAGAUGCCUUUACAUAUACGGAAACUUUUAGGAUGAUUUAUUACUUCUCGCUGAAUUUUCUGUCGCUUGUAGACCUGCCUUGAUUAAAGGUUCCUUAUUUAUUCUUAUUUCUAUUUUGAACAUGAUUUACAUUUUUUUGCAAUUUGUGAAGUUGUAUAUUAAAGCUUUAAAAUGAAAA